AAGGUGUAAAGCCGCAUUCAGCCACGUACAAAACCCUAAAACCCCAAAGCGACGGAGAGAGAAAACCUCAGAGAGAGUAAAAAUGGUGUCUGGUUCAGGAAUCAUGGCGAAGAGGGUAGUCGUCGACGCCCGCCACCACAUGUUGGGCCGUCUAGCCUCCAUUGUUGCCAAGGAGCUUCUCACCGGCCAGCGUGUCGUGGUGGUUCGUUGUGAAGAGAUCGCUCUUUCCGGUGGUCUAGUUAGACAGAAGAUGAAGUAUCUCCGAUUUCUCCGCAAGAGGAUGAACACCAAGCCUUCUCACGGCCCCAUUCAUUUCCGAGCUCCUUCGAAGAUCUUCUGGCGUACAGUUAGAGGUAUGAUUCCUCACAAGACCAAGAGAGGAGCUGCUGCAUUAGCAAGGUUGAAGGUGUACGAGGGUGUCCCCCCACCGUACGACAAAAUCAAGAGGGUGGUUGUUCCUGAUGCUCUAAAGGUGUUGAGGCUUCAAAAGGGCCACAAGUACUGCUUGCUUGGCCGUCUAUCCAAGGAAGUCGGCUGGAACCACUACGACACCAUCAGGGAACUUGAGGAGAAACGAAAGGAAAGAUCUAAGGUAGUCUACGAGAGGAAGAAGCAACUCAUCAAAUUGAAGGCGAAGGCCGAGAAGGCUGUUGAGGAGAAGCUUGGAUCUCAGCUAGAAAUUCUUGCCCCAGUCAAGUACUGAUUAUAGGAGAGGAGUUUUUUGCACCGGUUUUUUUAUUCUAGACAAGUAGAGUGUUUUUUUUAAAAAUGUUCUGCUACUUUGUGUACUCAAGUCGUCAUCUAUGCUAUACUUCUAGGCCUCUGUAAUUGUUUCCUGUGAGUGUCUUUUGCUUUUCUGGUCUGAUCUGAUCUGAUAUGAUAAGCAAAUUGAAGUUUUAAAUCCAUCAAA